ACUUCACACCAUUCCAUUCGCGAUAUUUCUCGAUUUUUUUUUGCAAAAAAUAUCGAUUUUGCAUUCGAUACAUUCGAUUUAAUCGCAAAUUGCUCGAAGGAAUUGAACAUAACCACACUUUUUCUUCUUCGGUGUGUUUUGAUUGUGAAAAUAAUGAAUAAAUUCCGGGGCAGUUUUCCAAUUUUCCGGGAUUUUUCCAUCCUGACACGCAUUUCACGUUCGUGCAAAACAGCCCCAGACACCGCAGCACCCAUUACGGCAGCAGAAGCCACAGCUGUGGCGGAAUUUGUUGAGGAUGAGGAUGAAAAGGAAGCUCAGAGGCAAUUGUACGAGAGUAAAAGGAAUAAAUCUCGCCUCCUGCCGCAGCAUCGGAACCUCCUCAGUGGUCGUCGUCCCUACACGGAGAGUCAGUCGUGGGUACAUGAAACCCUCAAGUACCAACGGGGGCUGUUUGGGAAGUAUGGCCUUGAGAGUGGUGUUGAUCCGCGGAUUUGCUUCCCAACAGCCGCAGAACGUGCUGAGAAGGAGGAAUACAACAGAGUGGCGUACCCCUACACAAUUGCCGAGAUGAGGGAGAGAAUUGAGGCGGAAGCAGCAGCCAAAGAGGAGAGGAUCCGGCAGCGCGAGGAGGAUGUCGCGACAAAGCUGACAAAAUUGGAGAAAUGGUCACAGGAAUUCCGGGAUCGUGUUGCAAAGGCCGAAGCUGAAGCAAGGGCAGCCAAGGAGAAGCGUGAGAGGCUUGUUGAGGAGGUUCGUCGGCAUUUUGGCUUCAAACUCGAUGCGCGUGAUGAGAGAUUCAAGGAAUUGCUGGCGCAGAAGGAGAAGGAGGAUAAGAAGAAGCAAAAGGAAGCCCGGAAGAAGGCAAGGGAGGAGAAGACAAUUGCUAAACUCCUCGCAAAGGGCUCUGAAGAGAAAUCCGCGCCUGAAUCCCGGGAAUAGUGUCUAUUUUCUAUUCAAUAAAUUAGUCUAACAAUU